AUGGAGAACAAUGAAAAAUGCGCACAAUUCUCAUCUUCUUCUUCGCCGCGUUUUCCUUCUCCCAACUCUCAAUCUCCUCCGCGGCCCGCUUCUCCCGCUCCGCUGCCCACGGUUGUCCUCAGCCCUUGCGCCGCCUGCAAAAUCCUUCGACGCCGCUGCGUCGAGAGGUGCGUUUUAGCUCCUUAUUUUCCUCCGACCGAGCCUUACAAAUUCACCAUUGCUCAUCGAGUUUUCGGAGCUAGCAAUAUCAUCAAAUCUUUGCAGGAACUUCCGGAGUCGCACAGAGCCGACGCCGUAAGCAGCAUGGUGUAUGAGGCGAGCACUCGGAUCCGAGACCCCGUGUACGGUUGCGCCGGGGCCGUAUGCCAGCUCCAAAAGCAAGUGAGUGAACUCCAAGCGCAGCUCGCCAAGGCGCAAGCCGAGACCGUCACGAUGCAAUGCCAACAAGCCAAUUUGCUAGCGAUUAUAUUGGAAAUGACUCGAUCCAAAGAACCCAACAACAUCAAUUCUCAGCAAAUUGAUACCACUUGUUUUCUGGAUGACAAUAAUCUUGCUUCAGCUUGGGAGCCUCUUUGGACGUGAUGGACAAUUAGUCAUGAUAAUUAUAGAUAUU